UCUUCACAAUCAUUCUAUGACACUCGCUCACAGGCUUACCCAAUUUAAUUAAUUAAUUAAUUAUAAUCUUUGGUCCAUUUAAUAUUUUAUUACGAACUAAGGUGUAAGAUGUUUGUUUAUUUAUAAAUAUAUUUGUUUAUCUUAGUUCGUGUAUUUUACGUAUUAUUUAAUAGUAUUGGGCACCGUAUCUAUUUAGCUAAACAAUUAACAUCUAUAAUGAAUACUAAAGAUAGACAAGAAGCAAGAAGACGGCGAAUUUUAGAAAAUUCGGAAACAAGGCUAAAGAAAAUAACUGAUUUAAGUACAUCUGAAAAUUCAUUUAAUAGUCUGAUUGAUCCAAUUGAUAAAGAACAAGAGAGUAUUUUAUGGUUGCCCGAAACUUCAAUUACUGAGUGUAAUCAAAUUCAUGAAAGUAAUAAAAACAUUGAAGAAAAAGUAUUCAAUUAUAAGUUAACUAAUUCCAAAUCCGAGUCAUACUUCACAGCUUAUAAAUAUUAUGAAAUCAAUUUUUCAAAAAGUUCAGCAUUAAAUAUGGUAUUGUCUCAGAUCGUUUUAGCACUACUUUACUAUGACCUAGGAUUUAUAUUUGGAAAUUCAGCUGUAUUGCCAUUUACAAUCAGUAUUAUCCCUGAAUUACUCAAUUUUAAAGAAGACCAUGAUAACUUCUACGUUUUUGGAUUGUUACUUUUAGGAAUUUCUCAAGAAGUCGCUCAACAAGUAUCUAAAAGCUUUAAAUUAGCAAGUUUUGUAGCAAAACGAUUUUGUGUGUAUGUAUUUUGCUUUACAAUUUCUUAUGUUAUCUUCAGAGAUUCUAAGAGAAUUAAUGAUAUUUAAAUUUGUAUAGGCUAUUGUUAAAUUAUAAAAAAAGUUUUUUGUGGUUAUGUGAUUUUAGCAUAAAUUGAAUUGUUUGAUAUUAUAUGAC